AUGAGUUGGUUGCAGGAUGUUCGUGUUGGACGCCAUCGCGAUAAGCUCGAGCUGAUCCGCGACUCGUUGCGGCCAUUCGAGCAGACGGUCAAUGAGGUGCCCACGACGAACGCUGUCGACCAGACGACGUCGGCCGCGGUCGAUUCAACGACGAACUCAACAACUGUCGAGCAGCAACGUGCCAUGGUGGACAGCCUCAUCGCGCAAGGCUACGAGCAGGACGCUGCAUUCUAUGCGUUGAAGCUCGUGAAAUUUGCCAGUCCCGAGGCCGCUAUUGACGUCUUGAAGCACAUCAAUCAUGACCACGCUAACAUGGAAGAGACCAAGAAUGACCGCCUGCUUUGUGUACUUCCUUCGGGUGCACCAGCUUUGAACGGAAACCUUCAUGUACAAACCUCUCGAAUGACGAACGGAGCUUCGAAUGGAAAUUUGUAUCCAAUGCAGUUCGUGAAUGUCGAGGACAGUGCAUCAUCACGCUCGACUUCCCCACUGCCUCCGCAGAUGCCAUCUCCGUCAAACGCCAUGGGUCCUUACGUGACUUCUGGAGCAGCGCCCGGUAGCGGUGGUUCCAUGGCCACCCCUUCCACCACAUCAUCGUUUGUCUCGAUGGCCGCUGGCACGUCAACAAACUCAUCGCCACUGUCAACGUCUUCCGGAGCUCCGACGGCGGCAUCCAGUGGCCAGAUGUCCAGCUCACAGUCACCACACAAAGCCCUUCGACGACAGUAUACUCCCGUAGCGCCGGACUAUCACAGAACACAUGUCCACAUUUCAACGACCCCAUAUAAGUCAGAUUUCUAUCAGCAACAAGGUGUACGGCCACAGCAAACCAACUUCAAACCGUCAAUUUUCAUCGAGCGAGGGCCAGAGAGGCCAAGCGGCGUAGUAAAGCAACACUAUGUGGUCCGGGACACAUUCAAAAGUGCCCUGGACACGUCGAUGUCGGCUCCACUGGGCCAGUCCACGUCUCAUGUGCAGAUUGGUGGCAUGCCGUCCCAUCUGAGCCGAUACGGUCAACAGGCGUCCCAUCCGGUCAUCCGAACCACUUUUAGCGCUGCACCCCUCAAGAGCAUGGUGAAUAUCAACGUGUCGCCGAUCAAUAAGAAUACCGAAACUCGCACGUAUCGACUGGACGUGACUGGCCGGGAUGGUGGCGUUUCGUCGGUGCAUGGCAUUCCCGGUUCGGUCACCGGCGUCCAGAACAUUAUAGUGGAUCCGGACAAGACGCAUCGUGGCUUCAUCGGCUAUGAGGACGAACUUCGACCGAUGCAUGGCGGCGCCGACGUGGUGCCGUCAACCUCGAAAGAACCCGUCAGACACGAACGACUGGAGCGCAGCUAUGGUGUGGCAGCGAUGCAGCACUCCUCUUCGAGAGGCGAUUCAUCGCAACCGGCCGUGACCCGUUGCACGUCACCGUUGCCGGAAUCAAUAGCGAGUCGUGUGAAGCAGCAGAAGUAUGAGAAAUAUGUGAAACCGUGCAAACCGCGAAUGUUUUGCUUCUUCAUGGAACAGCACGUCGAACGAUUGUUAGCGCAAUACAAAGAACGCAUGAAACGAGCACAUCAGCUGCAACGAGAAAUGGAAGCCGCAAAUCUGACUGAACCCAUGAAACAAAAAAUGAUGGAUUUUCUGCAACAGAAAGAGUCAAGGUACAUGCGGCUUCGACGACAAAAAAUGAAUAAAGACAUGUUUGAAGUUUUACAACACAUUGGCGUUGGCGCAUUUGGACGAGUUUCCCUUGUGAAGAAGAAAGACUCCGGACAAGUGUAUGCCAUGAAGAGUCUGCUGAAAAAGGACGUGAUCAUGAAACAGCAGGCAGCGCAUGUGAAAGCCGAGCGAGACAUUCUGGCAGAAGCCGAUUCGCCCUGGAUAGUGAAGUUGUUUUUCUCUUUUCAAGACGAUCGCUGCCUUUAUUUCGUCAUGGAGUACGUGCCCGGUGGCGAUAUGAUGCAGCUGCUAAUCAAUAAAGGAAUUUUUGAAGAAAAAUUGGCUCGGUUUUACAUCGCUGAGUUGACGUGUGCCAUCGAUUACGUGCAUUCGUUAGGAUUUAUCCAUCGUGAUAUCAAACCGGAUAAUAUCCUGAUUGAUCAGCACGGUCAUAUCAAGCUCACCGAUUUUGGUCUCUGCACUGGUCUUCGAUGGACACAUGACAGGCGGUACUACGGUCCGGAGAACGUCUCUGAUCCAGCCCACGUCCGCGUCGACUCCUUCUCCUUACCAGCAGAUGUAGCGGCCAUGGAGCAAAAUAUGAAGGUGCUCAAUAUUCGCCAUCAGAAGAAACGUGAUCAAGCGCAUUCCGUGGUAGGAACCGGUAACUAUAUGGCACCAGAAGUGAUCCUGAAGAUUGGUGAGAACUUUUUUGUUUUGCGAUAUCAUAUUAUUGUGAACUGGUCUCGGUACUUGGACGUUUCGCCACGUGCCGGUGGUGGUCAUCUUUCAAGGGAUUGUAUUAUGCUGAUUCAACGGAAUCGAUUUCAAAAACCUGCGAUCUACUCGAGCCGAUUCAACCCGAGAGUGGAACAUGCUGAAGAUACUUCGAAUUUCGCGAGGCAGUUGAGGUCAAUCAACGAGUCCCCCUUCGAAACCCUUGGGAAACGAGCGCCCAACAAUCCAGCCUUUUACGAGUUCACCUUUCGACAUUUCUUCGACACUGAUGGCCAAGGAUGUCCAAGUCUACGACCUCCUCAGAAACGCCCACCACUGGCUCCUCUCUUCGAGGGCACUUGCUCGGCUCGUCAUGAGACCGUCAGCAGCUCGGAAUCGAUUGUGAUAUGA